CCAUGACAUGGAGUUCGCCAGUGUUUUUGAUCAUCCCCAGUUCACUGGAGGUGCCCCUACUCAGGACCUCAGAGCCCUCUCCGAGUCCACUGCUACUUCAGCUCCCACGUCAGCUUCCACUCUCCAUCCAGAGGCGACUGCCACCUCACACUUAGAUGCCCUGCUGGAUAUUCCUGCCCCCACUACGCUGUACCAGCCCCCACCCUCUGUGCAGUCUCCUUUUCCCCAAAUUUCAACACCCAGUCACCCCAAGCUCCACCAAACCGUGUUAUCUGGUCAUGCGCAGUGCUGGGAGGGCCAGGCUUCAUCGGCAUGCGAUGCUGCGGAAGAUGUAGACUGCCCUCGACAGUCGCCCUUUGUCCCAUCUCAGCAGCAGCAGUCACAGCUUGCGGUCAGCCAUCACAGUCUGGAUGAGUACUCAGCGGUCCACAGUCAUCAUCCUUCACAGCCCACCUCCAGUCUUACAGCUCCUCAGCAGUCAGCCACACACGCAGCCCAGGCUCAAAGUCCGCCCACCGACUCCCUGCUGGCCACGUCGUCAUGUCCCUCCACGCAGAUUUUUUCUCCGCACGCUCAGCAAGUUCCUCUGUUCCUCCAGCCCCAGUUCAUCAAAACAGACUCAUUGUUACUCACCUCCCGUGCUGUGAAGCCUCCUUGUGUUACCUGUGCUCCUGUUCAGACUACAUCUCUACAGGCUCUGAUAAAUGGUGGCGCCAUCUUGACCACUGUGCCCAUCAUGGUGGAUGCAGAGAAGCUCCCAAUUAGCCGCAUAUCUUCAGCUGGCAAACCAUCAAACAAGGGAGAGAAGCGUACGGCCCACAAUGCCAUAGAAAAGCGAUACCGCAACUCAAUCAAUAACAAGAUCAUUGAGCUUAAAGACUUAGUAGCUGGAACUGAGGCCAAGCUGAAUAAGUCGUCGGUAUUGAGAAAGGCGAUCGACUACAUCCGCUUCCUCCAGCAGUCUAAUCAGAAGCUGAAGCAAGAGAAUAUGGCUCUCAAGAUGGCCACCCAGAAAAACAGAUCUCUGAAAGAUCUGGUGGCCCUGGAGGUCGAGGGCCCGACCUGCGGCGUGACGAGCGAGCUGCUCACGCCACCGCCCUCUAAUGCAGGGUCACCUCUGCACUGCGGCUCCUUCCCCCACUGCAGCAGUGACUCUGAGCCCAGCAGCCCUUUUGGGGGGCAGCCGAAGGUCUCCCGGCGUGAUGUGGCCAUGAUGGAUCGCUCUCGCGUAGCUCUCUGCAUCUUCACCUUCCUCUUCCUCUCCCUGAAUCCAAUGGGGUCCCUGCUGAGCAGGGGGAUGGGCGGCACGGGUACUGCGGGCACCACAGGGCGCACAGGGGCCAGUGGAUCAGGCCGCACCAUCAUGAGUGUGGAGAAUGGAGGAGAUGUGGAGGCGGCGGCGUGGCUGCACCCCGCGGUCCCUGUCCUCUGCGCUUGGCUUCUCAACGGCCUGCUGGUUGCUGCCGUCCUGGUGUGGCUGCUGGUGUAUGGGGAACCGCUGACCAGGCCCCACUCCGGCUCAUCUGUCCUGUUCUUGAAGCACUACAAGCAGGCCAAUGAGGACCUCGCCAAGGGAGACUUCGCCCGGGCCUCACAAAACUUUCAGACUUGUCUGGAGGUUCUGGGGCGUCCCCUGCCUGUGUCUCAGCUGGACCUGCUGUGUGGCGUCCUCUGGGCGGGACUGAGGCUGGGCCUGCAGUGGCUGUGGGUGGGCCGCUGGUUGGCGGGGAAGGCGGGCAGCCUUUGGCCGGACCCCCCCUCACAGAGCGAUGGUCGUGCCAGCUGCGCCAACGCUACGCUAGUUUACCACCGGCUGCACCAGCUGCACGUGAUGGGAAAGCUGGGAGGUGGCAGCCUCUCUGGCCUGCACGCAGCCCUGAGCGCGGUGAACCUGGCCGAGUGCUCGGGGGACAGGCUGACUGUGGCCACGCUGGCCCGGAUCCACGUCUGCGCCGCGCUGGGAGUCAAGGCCAGCCUGCCGCGGGGGCUGCGCUUCGCCGCCUGGGUAUUCCUGAGCAGCGCGCGUCGCGUCUGCCUCGCCCCUGGCUCUGGUACCCCCCCAGCCAUGCGCUGGCUCACUCACCCCCUGGGUCACCGCUUCUUCAUGGACGGGCAAUGGACUGUGCACGGCUCUCCAAGGGACAGUGUCUACAGCCAGGCCAGGAGCAGAGUGGAGCCCCUGGCCCAGGUGACACAGGCGUUCCGGGAGCACCUUCUGGAGAAGGCCCUGCUGUGUGUGCUCUCCUCACCGAAGGAGAAGACCCUCGUGGAGGGAGAGGGGGAGUAUUGCCAGGCUCUUGAGUACCUCCAGCUGCUCAUCAGCUUCUCGGACGCUGAGGCCUCCACGCAGUCUGUGGCCCCGGGGUCCGGCCUGGCAGCAGUCACUGGAUGCGACAUCCACUCCAAAUGGUGGGCCUCUACGAUGGUGGUCAUGAUCAGUUGGCUCCAAGGAGACAAAGAUGCUGCGGAGAGACUCUGUGCAGCUGUGGAGGACUUGCCUGUGAGCCUGCGGGCACAAGAGAACCCCUUGCCCAGAGCCGCCCACUACACAUUCAGGGCGAUACAGGCCAUCCAGGGUCAAAGGGAGAACUGGCAGCUGAGCCUGGGCUACAGUGAGAGGGCCAGCGGCCUCCUGAAGGACAGCCUGAGCCGGGACCCCCCCAGCUGUGCCGGGGUCAUCGACAAGCUACUGCAGGUGCUGCUGUGCGACCUCCUCCUGGUCACGCGUUCCACCGUGUGGCACCGUCAGCAAGGUGGUCUCCUCCCGGCCCCUGCUCAGCAGCUUCACGGCUUUCAGCAGGACCUGAGCUCCCUGAGGAAGCUGGUGCAGAGCUUUAGGCCGGGCACGCACAGGGUGAGGGCACCAGAUGCGGGGGGGAUGUGCACGGCAUGAGGCGGCUGAACCGUAAACUGAGCCACGCCUUAAAUAUUGCAUGCGGCCAUCAAAGUUUAACCUAAUUCCUUGAGUGCACAUUACAUUGACUGUUUGUACGACGUGGAGGGAAUGAAAUAUGGGGGGCGGGCAUUUGUGGGCACGUCUG